AUGGCCACAAUCACUGCUGUCACAACAACUUCUAUUUUGAAAUCCCUUAAUCCAGUGGCAUUAGACUCUCUUUUUAUGGAUUUUCAUAAGAAAACCAAAGCUAACUACGACAGAGUGAUGUCUCGUGUGUUCAACCGGUCACAUGCUAGUCUAAGAUCCAGUUCAAAUGUGACACGACACGAAGUACCGUCAUCAGUGCGCGUUGGCGCGAAACCAUCUGUUUCGGCCGUGAGUUCUAGUGUUUUUAGUGAACUUCCGACGGUGUUAAAUGACUAUGUGCCCGAAGUGUGUGUAGAAAAAGUAGUUAAAAGGUCGUUAGUAAGGCCUAGAAGGACUUUAAAGUCUCUGGACCCUGGUAAAGUUAAGUCUCCGUCGAGGCCGUCUCGAGGGCGCGGAAGUGGCAAUUUUAGUAAUAUUAGGGCUCGUAGCUCGGUGCCUACGGUGUUGAGUAAUAGCGAAGAGCAGUGGUCAGAGUCUCACGUUCGACAAUGCUAUAGUAGCAGGUCUCAUACCAGGCUGAAGGAAUUGAAGGAUGAAAUAAAAGCUUUCCGUGAGACAGAUAAGCUGUUGAAGAUACGCAGUCACCUUUAUAAGAGCUGCGGUGUGGUGCUGGAUGAUGUUGGGAACAUAGCUCAUGACAAGGCGGUCCAGGCUGACCCCGAACCAGAAAAGGAAAUUACAUCAUUAAGGUAA